AUGGCUAAACGAUGCUCACAACCAUCCUCUGCAUCAUCUUUAGCAACAGCAACUGGUGUACCAUCGAUGAUGACGAUGAGUCCACGGCAACAUUUUACUGGUCAUUCAUCUCGUCUCUUGAAUAGUCAAACGGAAAAAUUGGAAGAGACCGUUUCACGAACUGCUCGUGUACCACCUCCCAAAUUAUUGCCUUCUAUGGUACGUCAUACUGACAGUUUCACCACUACUGCUCAAUUACCCACUCAGAUGCAAUAUACUUAUUCAAUGCCUCGAUCAUUAACCCAACGACCUGUGCCUCUGCCACCUUUUCCUGGGCCAUCAACUGCUCCUGACUACCUCUCGGCAUCAUCUAGCUACGGUGCUUUUCCGGGAAGUCUUGGUCUUUCACAAUUCCAUGUACCACCCGGUACAUCUCGUCCAUUGCCUAUCAAUCAACGUUCGCUCAGUGAUGUAGCUGGUUACGCUAUGCAUCAUCCUCUUUGUUCUCCUCCAGGAGCUAUGGAUCCGAGGUAUAUUUUACGUGGUCAAUCAGCUUGGCAUCCAAUUGAAUCAUCAGAUAGAAGUAACUCAUUACCUCGUCGACGUGCUGUCUCAGGUACCACCCCAUCACGAACUGUGAAAUGGCGAAAUGAUGUCAUAGAUGGCGCAAAUGCUCGGAUGCGUUUUGGUGGUGGUAAUAUUAGUGGACAGUAUGGUCGAACGAUUGAUGAUAUAUUUUCGGCGCAAGAAUAUCGUAAUUGGGCAUGUAUCGAUGCAGGAAUUAGACCGCAGGAAAGGCAAUCAAGAUGGUCACAUACAUACGGUGAAAAACCUGGUGCUUCAAUUCGAAGCUCUUCGCUUCCUUCCAGAGCUAUGUUAACUGCUACAAAUAGAUUCUCGCUUGGUCAUGAACGAGGUGAUCUGCUAGAUAGAUUACAUGUAUCUCCGUUGAUGAAUCGAAGGGUACCAUUACGGGUGGCAGGACCAGGCUUUGAUGUUGAUACUCCAUUAGAUGUCACUUCACUUACAGGAAUUCUUAUUGUACAGAUUAUCGAAGGACGAGGAUUAAAAAUGCCGGAAAAGCAAAAAGCAUUCACCGAAGAGAUGUAUUGUGUGUUGGAGGUGAAUGAAAUACAUCGUGCUAGGACAGGUGUUUCCACAGCUGAACAGAAAUUUCGAUGGCGUGAAACGUUUGAAAUUGACGUACAACAUGCUACCCAUACUAACUUUUUCGUGUAUUCUUGGCAUCCACAAUACAGGCAUAAAUUGUGCCAUAAAGGAUCAUUGAAACUAUUGGAAGCAUUUGUAGUGGACCGCUUGAAUGGUAAUAGAAUGUUUGCAUUGAAUUUGGAACCGAAAGGUCAACUAAUUGUCAAAAUUGCUUUUCAUAGUCUUGUCGUAGCAUUUCGAAGGAUUGUUAAUUCGAGGUUUGACGGAUUAUUUGGAAUACCUUUGCAACAAUUGGUUGCAAGAGAAGGACGCGAAACACCUUUGGUACUUUUCCGCCUUCUACAGGAAAUCGAACAUCGUGGUGUCGAUUACUCCGGUCUUUACAUACUAUGUGGAUCAUUGGAGAAAAAGCGUAUGUUACGUGAAGAAUUAGAAUUAAAUGUGGAACGAGCACGAUUGAGCGUGGAAGCAGUUCCAGAUACGAACGUAUUGGCAUGUUUAGUGAAAGAUUUUUUGCGUGAAUUACCGGAACCGUUGAUAUCAACUUCAAUUUAUAGCAUGAUUGUGGAAGCAUUUUCUGUUGCAUUGCCCAAUGAUCCGCGAGGAAAUCGCCGUUUGUUACUUAGAGUUAUCGAUUGUCUACCUGCACCCAAUAAGAAUACACUAAUACAAAUAAUGGAUCAUCUAAAGAUGGUAAUGAGUUGGGAGCAGCAUAAUGGUAUCACUACCGCACGUUUGACGGGUAUUUUUGGUUGUUUGCUUUUCUGUUCCUGUAAUACACCAACGGAGAGUAGUAAUACUCAAAGUAGCAGUGGUAUUUAUCCACCAAAGACUAUCGUUGAUCCGUUAGAUACGGAUCAGGCAGCUCGAACACUUCGUUUGUUGGUUGACAUAUGGCCAAGCCGAGUUAAUGGCAGCGAGAGUAGUGGUUCCGGUUCUGCCAGCAGUACAGAUGUGACAAGCGCCAUAAAUCCGGUAUCAGAAUCUCAGUGUUGA